GUGGAAGAACGAAGGACGUCGUUCAUUAUGGGAAGCAGUGGCAAGAUCAUCAUAUAUCCCUACAUGGAAGAGCUUCCAGAUCUCUUCAAAAGCUAUUUUGUCAAGAUCCUGAAAGUGGGCUACAAAAUACCACGUUUGGAGUAUUACCUAACGCAGGAUAAGAAACAACUCGGAUAUCUACACUACAUUCGGGACGAUAAUGCAGAUAUGGAAAAGCUCUAUCAAAAAGUGAAAACGAUCGUGAUCGCGAAUCAAACCGGUCCAACCAUAUAUCUGUAUCCCAUGUACGAAUACUAUUUUCCAGUGCUCGCCAACCAAAUGAAGGUCAUAACGGAAAGUAUCUUUUCGCAACGGGAACUGCCAUCUUUGGAUAUAUUCAAAGACCUGGUGGAUAAGUUCACCGAGCUGCUUCAUGGUAUUUAUUUCCUGAGAGAUUUCAUUCCGCUAAACCUGUUCAUGUUAGACAACAGCCGACUAAACCGAGUUCUGGAAAAUCUGGUCAAAGAAUUGAAAGCUUUCGUCAUCAACUAUUUCAUAACUUUGAAUCAGGUUGAAAAUCGAAGAAUAUCCGACGAGUUUGAAGACAUGUCCCUGCAGGCCGGCGAACGUCCGAAAGAAACUCCGGAAGUGGUCGCCCUUCAAAAUUACCUUACGCAGUGCCGCGAAGAGCGCAUGUACCAGCUGAAGACCGAGAUCAAGCAAGUCGCGCAGCGUGUUCUCUUCCUCCUGACCUACGCCAUACUAGAUCCCGAAGACAUCAACCUGAAUUCGCGUCUAUUCCUAUGGCCCCAGGAGCUGGAGAAAGUGCUUGAUCUCAGCGGCGCCCGUCUUGCGGUGGUACGUGAAAAUCUGGAAACGGCACUUCGUGAACGGCGCGGCAAAUUCGAGAUGUAUCUGAACACGGAGAAGAAAAAAAUGGACCACUUCCGGACGCGCGAGAUCCGCGAAAUGCUCUCGCUGGACGACCUGCGGGAGAAGGUCGACACGGUUGAUGGUUUGAUGAAGAUCCUGGAGAAAUGCAGCAAAGAGGCAAGAGAGAUCAAUCAAGAGGAGAAUCUCCUUCAAAUUGAUUUGUCCUAUUUCCCGGCAUUGAACGAAAUGAUCGAAAGGAUGGCACCAAUUGAAAAACUCUGGCACACGGCUUAUAAAUUUGAUACAUGCCAUGAAGUGUGGUACUUUGGUCCUUUCAAAGAAUUGGAUGCUACCGUUAUAAGCAAUGCGGUCGAUGAGAUGUUCAACGCUAUCAGCGUUCUAUUGAAGGAACUAUCCGGAAGUCCGCAAGCGAAACGAGUUGCCGAACAGAUUCGUAUGAAAAUUGACAAGUUCAAGAUCUACCUUCCGAUAUUGGAAGCUAUCUGUCGGCAAGGGCUGUGUGAGCGCCACUGGACGCAGAUAUCCGAGGAACUGGGUCAAGAGGUAAAUCCGGCAGUACAAAAUUCCCUUGGUCUGAUGGUCGACAUCGAUGUGAUGAAGAUCCAGAGCCGGUUGGAGGAGAUUUCCAAUGCAGCCGGUAAGGAGUACGAGCUGAACAUACAGCUGGUGAAUAUGCAGGAGGAAUGGGUUGACGUGAAAUUUGUGUGCGUCCAGUAUCGCGAUUCGGACAUGUCCAUACUGUCCUCGGUAGACGAUAUCCAAACCCUGCUGGACGAUCACAUUUUGAAGGCGCAAGCGAUGCGAGGCUCGCCUUACAUUGCGGCGCUUGGCCCCAAGGCCACCAAUUGGGAAGACAAACUCAUUUCCAUGCAAGAUAUCAUCGAUACGUGGCUGCAAGUUCAAGCAACCUGGAUGUACCUUGAGCCGAUCUUCAGUUCCGAAGAUAUCAUGCGCCAGAUGCCCACCGAAGGGCGGCACUUCAAGUCCGUUGAUAAGAUUUUCCGCAAACUGAUGCGCCAUACGAUCGCCGAUCCGCACGUGAUCCAGGCGACGGACUUCCCGGAUCUACUGAAUGUUCUAAGAACUGCCCUGAAGGAUUUGGAAGACAUUCAACGAGGCUUGAAUCUGUACCUGGAGAAGAAGCGACUGUACUUUGCUCGAUUCUUCUUCCUCUCCAACGAUGAACUGCUGGAGAUUCUGUCGGAAACCAAAGAUCCGAUGCGAGUACAACCGCACAUGAAGAAGUGCUUCGAGGGCAUCAACGCAUUGCAGUUUGACACGCAAAUGGAAAUCACGGCCUUCACCUCGGUGGAAGGAGAGCAGAUCCCCUGCACCAGGAAAAUCAAUCCCGCAUUGGCUAAUGGCUUGGUGGAGAAAUGGCUCAAGGAGGUCGAGGUCGUAAUGCUGGAAAGUGUCAAAGAGCAAAUUUGGCAGUCGUACGAGUCCUACUUCAAGGAUCCUCGCAAGAUUUGGGUGUUGCAUUGGCCUGGACAGGUGGUACAAGUGGUAUCCUGUUUGAAAUGGACAGAGGAAGCAGAGGAGGCAAUCAAAGAAGACAAGCUGGUCGAGUACUCCAAGAAGUGCACCGCCCAAAUUGGUGACCUGGUUGAUUUGGUCAGAGGAGAUCUCAGUACAGGAGCUACUAUAACGAUUGAAGCACUGAUUGUGGUUGACGUUCAUGCUCGGGACAUCAUAGACCUUUUGGUACAGAAGAAAGUAUCGGAUGCGGGAGAUUUCAAUUGGUUCUCACAGCUUCGCUACUACUGGAAAAUCGACGACGAUGACAAGCAGAGCUACGUCGCAUGCAGUAUGGUUACUACGGAUCUGAAAUACGGCAUGGAAUAUCUUGGCAACACUGGACGCUUGGUUACAACUCCGCUGACUGAUCGGUGCUUCCGGACGUUGAUGGGAGCAUUCAAGCUCAAUCUAGGUGGCGCGCCAGAAGGACCCGCUGGAACCGGUAAAACCGAAACCUGCAAAGACUUGGCAAAGGCUGUGGCCAAGAAGUGCGUAGUGUUCAACUGCUCCGAUGGCUUGGACUACAAGGCGCUCGGAAAGUUCUUCAAGGGCUUGGCACAGUCCGGUUCAUGGGCGUGUUUCGACGAGUUCAAUCGUAUUGAACUGGAAGUACUUUCGGUAGUUGCUCAGCAGAUUCUGACCAUCCAACGCGCGAUUGCUGGGAAGGUCGUUAAAUUUGUUUUCGAGGAAACUUCUCUGAAAUUGGAUCCCACGUGUAACAUUUUCAUUACCAUGAAUCCAGGCUAUGCCGGUCGUACAGAGUUACCGGAUAAUUUGAAGGUACUGUUCCGAACGGUUGCCAUGAUGGUACCCGACUACGCCAUGAUCGGCGAGAUCACGCUUUAUUCGAAUGGGUUCGAUGAUGCUAGAAUUCUGGCGCAGAAGAUAGUCCACACAUAUAAACUAUGCUCCGAGCAGCUGUCGUCGCAGUCUCACUACGACUACGGAAUGCGAGCGGUGAAAUCCGUAUUGACAGCGGCCGGAGCCCUUCGAAGAGGUCAACCAGAACUGUCGGAGUCUCAGAUUGUGUUGAGAGCCAUCAUCGACGUGAAUCUUCCGAAGUUCCUGCAACAAGAUAUACCACUUUUUGAAGGCAUAUACAAGGAUCUUUUCCCAGGCGUAGAACUACCUCCGCCGGCACGUGAAGACAUCGUUCGACUGCUUCUGAUUGAGCUGGUCAAACGAAAACUGCAGCCAACACCGUGGUUUAUCGAUAAGGUUAUGCAGAUCUAUGAAAUGUUACUGGUCCGUCAUGGUCUCAUGAUUGUGGGAGAUUCGAUGGGUGGCAAGACUACUGCCUAUCAGGUUCUUGCCGAAACGCUACGAGAACUUCGCCGGGAAAAGGGUCAUCAAUCGGAAGAGCAAGGCGUAUCCUAUAGGAUUAUCAACCCGAAAGCGGUUUCCAUGGGACAGCUGUACGGCAGUUUCGAUCCGGCAUCGCACGAGUGGUCCGAUGGUGUGCUGGCCAAUACGUUCCGGGAAAUGGUGUACACCAAUAGCUUGGAACGUCAGUGGAUCAUAUUCGACGGACCGGUGGACGCAGUUUGGAUCGAGAACUUGAACACAGUGUUGGAUGACAACCGAAAGCUUUGUUUGAUGUCCGGAGAAAUCAUUCAGAUGACCAAGGCCAUGAACUUGAUGUUCGAGCCCGUUGAUUUGGAGCAAGCUUCACCUGCAACGGUUUCACGUUGCGGUAUGAUCUACAUGGAACCCUCACAGCUAGGAUGGAUUGCCCUACACAAAUCCUACAUAUUAUGUCUGGAAGAGAAGGGAGUGAGCGAGAUCAACAUUGGUCUAUUCGAACAGCUCUCCGAGUGGCUCAUUCCUCCAGCGCUGCAUUGGUUGCAAACCGUAGAAACUGUACUCAAGAUCUCCGAAAUGCACCACUACUCUAUCUUUUCGAAGUUUUUCACAAUAUUCCUUUCACGAACCCACAACUACAACCAAGCGUGGUUCCAACAGAUUUUCCUGUUCUGCUAUGCCUGGGCCUACUUUUCAACCGUAACCAUCGAAGGAAGAAGAACGAUUGACCCACUGCUAAGGAAAAUCCUAUACGGAGCCAACGAAGACCACCCAAAGCCCAAGCACUUCUCUCUGAACCGAGGUCAGAUGUAUCCAGAAAAAAUGAACUUCCUAGAUUACCGUUUCGAUGAGCAUGAAACCUGGUGGCCUUGGUUGAAAUCGGAGGAAUUAAGUCUUCCAGAAAGCUGCAUCGUGUCCGAGCUUAUGAUUCCGACCAAGGAAACCGGGUACAUUCUGUACUGGACGGAAAUGUGUGUCUCCGCCGGUAUGCCAAUUCUUUUGGUCGGUCCAACGGGUACCGGCAAGAGUGCCACCAUUGCGAACUACAUUCGCGAACUACCAAAAGCAAAGUUCAUCUCCAACAUAAUCAAUUGUUCGGCUCGGAGCACUGCUCAGCAGAUGCAGGAUACGAUCAUGUCCAAAUUGGAUCGCCGUAGAAAGGGAGUUUAUGGACCUCCCGUCGGAAAGGAAUGUGUCAACUUCAUCGAUGACGUAGCCAUGCCCGCUCGAGACGAAUACGGCUCGCAACCACCCCUUGAACUGAUCCGUCAGUGGUUGGAUCACAGGAUUUGGUCUGAUUUGAAAGAUACCUCCAAGAUUGAACUGAUCGAUUUGUUGUUUGUAGGCGCGAUGGGUCUAGUUGGAGGUAGCAACUACAUUCCACAACGGUUAUACCGUCACACACUGGUGCUCUCGGUGGAUUCAUUUGAAGACACCACUCUACUAAGAAUAUUCAGCGAAAUAGGAGAAUGGCACUUCUCCAAGGGAUUCCCAGAACCAGUUUCUCGAUUGUGCAAGAAUCUUUGUCAAGCAGUAAUUUCAGUCUACCGAGGAGCUAUCUCAAACUUCUUACCAACUCCGGCAAAGUCGCAUUACUUGUUUUCUCUUCGGGACGUCACAAGAAUCUACCAGGGAAUAGUGAUGGUUCCGGCAAAGCGACUUCCUGAUCCGGAAAAACUUGUACGUCUCUGGGCUCACGAGACCUACCGAGUAUUCUACGAUCGACUGAUCGACGAUAACGAUAAACAAACUCUGUUACGCCUGGUAGACGAAGCUGCCAACGGACAGCUACGAAUGAAGCUCGAAACAGCUUUCGGAAGUCGCUUGGAAAGCGGUAAACGAGUUAGCGAUAGACACAUGCGCGAUUUGUUGUUCGGAAACUAUAUGGAACCGGAUGCGGUCACUCGGGUGUACGAUGAAGUCGACAGCUGGGAAAAGCUAGAAAAGAACAUGAACUUCUACCUCAGCGAAUACAACGCGCAUUCGAAAUCACCCAUGAAUCUGGUACUGUUCCGAUUUGCAAUCGAACACAUAUCGCGUAUUUCACGAGUGUUGCAGAUGCCUCGUGGUCACUUGCUCCUUGUAGGACUCGGUGGAGCAGGCAGAAGAAGCUCUGUAAAACUGGCAGCCAAUAUGGCAGAUGCAACUGUAUUUCAGGUCGAGGUGACCAGAAGCUACUCGAUGAAUGAAUGGCGCGAAGAUAUGAAAAAGCUGUUGAUGAACGCUGGAAACGAAGGCAAACCGACCGUGUUCCUAUUCAACGAUUCGCAAGCUAAAGAAGAAGCAUUCGUUGAGGACAUCAACUCUCUGCUCAACACUGCCGACAUUCCGAAUCUAUUUCAAUCAGAAGAGAAGGCAGUUAUCUUGGAACAGAUGCAAACAAUCGUCAGACAAACCAACAAGCCUAUCGACUCAACAGCCCUGUCUCUGUACAACUUCUUCGUAGAGAGAGUUCGAGAAAAUCUACAUAUUGCAUUGGCCUUCUCUCCGAUUGGCGAAUCGUUCAAGAAGCGAGUCCGGAUUUAUCCAUCCCUAAUAAACUGUUGCACUAUCGAUUGGUUCACAUCGUGGCCCGAUGACGCCCUGCAGAAGGUUGCCGAAAACUUCAUUCGAUCAAUGGAACUAGACCAGGAGUCACCCUCCUCCACGGAACCCUCGGCAACUUCCCUUCAAAAAGAAGAGGACGAAAAUGAAAAACAAAAGACCCGGCAGCUGAAUCGUCUCGAGAGGAAGCUCGUGGAGCUGGUAAUGGUGUUCAAUCGCGGAGUCGUCGAAAACUCCGAACGAUUCUUCCUGGAACAAGGGAGAAAGAAUUACGUUACCCUUCUAUCCGGUUUAUCGACCUGACGUCGAUACUGAGACUGCGAUCCUUACACACCUUAUCAAAAAGUAUUCCGAGAUUUCCCAUCCUCCGCUAGCACCGUUUGAAAAGUGACUUGCCGCUGCCAGGUGUCGGUAAUGCAGGAUCAACUUAAAGGUUUGCAGCCACAGUUGAAGCAAACGUCGGACGAAACCGAGAAGAUCAUGGUGAACAUCGAGCGCGAAACGGCCGACGCCGAGAAGAAGAAGGAAAUCGUCGGCGCGGACGAAACGGCCGCCAACGAGGCGGCCGCAUCGGCGCAGGCCAUCAAGGACGACUGCGAAAGCGAUCUACAGGAAGCGGUUCCAGCACUCGAGGCAGCACUCACGGCGCUGGAUACGCUCAAACCGGCUGACAUCACCGUUGUCAAGUCGAUGAAGAAUCCACCGUCUGGAGUGAAACUGGUGCUGGAAGCGGUUUGUGUAAUCAAGGGCAUCAAACCUGAUCGCAAGACUGAACCAUCUGGAAAAGUCAUAGAAGAUUUUUGGGGCCCAUCCCAGAAGAUGUUGGGCGAUUUGAAGUUCUUGGACAGCUUGAAGACUUUUGACAAGGACAACAUACCUAUUCCAGUUAUGAAGAAGAUCCGAGAAGUUUACAUCGCCGACCGGGAGUUCGUCCCGGAGAAGAUCAAAAACAUCUCGAUGGCCUGUGAGGGUCUCUGCCGAUGGGUACGGGCGAUGGAAAUCUACGACCGAGUGGCGAAAAUCGUAGCCCCCAAGAAGGUCGCCCUGGCCGGGGCCGAAGCGGAGCUCGCUGCACAGAUGGAGAAGCUCAAUGCCAAACGGGCCGAACUGCAGGAAAUUUUGGACAAGCUACAGAAGUUGAAUGAUUUCUUCGCAGAGAAGUCCCGGGAGAAAAAACGAUUGGAGGACGAGAUUGAUAGCUGCGAGAAGAAAUUGAUCCGCGCCGAACAGCUGAUCGGUGGACUGGGAGGCGAGAAAAAGCGCUGGUCUGAGUGCGCGGAGAACCUGCACAAAUCGCUGAAGAACGUCAUCGGGGAUGUACUGUUGGCAGCCGGAUGCAUCGCCUAUCUGGGCUGCUUCUCGACGGAAUUCCGAAGCAGCAUCAUAGAAGAGUGGAACGAAAUCACCAAACAGAGUGAGAUUGCAUGUUCUGAAAAGUUUUCUCUGCUAACAACGUUGGGAAAUCCGAUGGAGAUUCGUAGCUGGUCCCAAUGGGGACUGCCGACAGAUAACUUUUCGGUUGAGAACGGAAUCAUUGUUAAAAAUGCUCGUCGUUGGCCGCUGAUGAUAGAUCCAGAAGGACAAGCCAACAAAUGGGUCAAGAACAUGGAAAAGGAAAACAAUCUCAAGAUCAUUCAGCAAAUGGAUCCGAAUUACAUGCGAAUUGUAGAAAAUGCUUUGAUCAACGGAUAUCCUGUGUUAUUGGAAAACGUCGGCGAAACGAUUGAUUCUGGUCUUAAUUCAAUUCUUGAGAAGGUUGUCAUUCGUCAGAAAGGUGCCAACCUCAUCAAAUUUGGUGAUGGAAUGGUCGAGUACAACGACAACUUCCGUUUCUACAUAACGACCAAUCUGAGAAACCCGCAUUAUCUACCAGAAACUGCCGUUAUGGUAACACUUAUGAACUUCAUGAUCACGGAACAAGGUCUUCGCUCUCAGCUAUUGGGAACCGUCAUCAUUCAAGAACGGCCAGAUCUACAAGAAAAGAAGGAAUCACUCAUCAUCGAGUCCGCGCAGAAUCAAGAAGAACUGUACAAUGCUGAAGCAAAGAUAUUGCAGGUCCUUUCUUCAUCCGAGGGUAACAUCUUGGAUGACGAGAAUGCGAUCAACAUACUAACCUCCAGCAAACAGCUUUCUGAAGAGAUUCAAGCCAAACAGCUAGUGGCUGUGGCAACCGAAGCGGAAAUCGAUGCAGCACGGCAACUUUACAUUCCUGUUGCACGCCACUCUGCGGUGCUGUUCUUCUGUACCACCGAGCUAGCCAACAUUGAUCCCAUGUACCAGUUCAAUCUUACCUGGUUCCUGAACAUAUUCGUGCAAACCAUUCUUAAAGCCCCAAAAUCGGACAGUCUGGAUGAACGCUUACAGCUACUGAUCGAUUACUUCACCAAGGCGAUCUACAACAACGUCUGUCGAUCACUGUUCGAAAAGGACAAACUCAUGUUUUCCUUCGUUCUUUGCUCGGGAAUCCUACGCGGAGAGGGCAAACUGGAUGGUCAAGAACUCUCUUUUCUGUUGACGGGAGGGCUUGCGCUUGAUAACCCCUAUCCUAAUCCGGCACCAGAUUGGCUCACCGAAAAAGCAUGGACCGAACUUGUCCGAGCUACUUCACUCAAGUCAUUGGCCAAACUUCGCGAAACCUUCACCGAUAAUCUUGACAAAUGGGAAGCAUUCUACAAUCUGAGCGAACCGGAAAACAGUGAACUACCGGAACCAUACCGAGAGCAAGAUGAUCUGGUGAAGCUGAUCAUUUUGAAGUGUCUUCGCCCGGAUAAGGUCGUGCCAGCGCUGCAGAGAUUCAUCAUCAUGAAAAUUGGGGCAUCCUACAUCGAACCUCCUCAGUUCAACCUUCGAACGUCCUACGACGACAGCUCUCCUCGGAUUCCGCUCAUCUUUAUGCUGUCCCCAGGGUCUGACCCAAUGGACAGUUUGUUGGCAUUUGCAAGUGAGAAGUACAUGGGCGACGACUGUCGCGUAAUAUCUCUCGGACAAGGACAAGGCCCCAAGGCUACCAAAACGAUACUCGAUGCCAUAAAACUUGGCCAAUGGGUCAUAUUGCAGAACUGUCAUGUUGCGGAGUCCUACAUGGAUGAACUGGAGAAGUUGGUCACGGAUGGAAGCCUCUACGAACACGUCCACCCCAAGUACCGCCUUUGGUGUACAUCAUAUCCGAGCAAAAAGUUCCCGGUAUCGAUUUUGCAAAACAGCGUCAAAAUGACCAACGAAGCCCCGAAGGGUCUGAAGCUCAAUAUGAUGCGGGUUUAUCAAUCGGAACCACUCAGCAGUGAAGCCUUCCUGGAUGAGUCGUUCCAGGGUGAUGUUACGCGGGUAUGGACGCGGGGUGUCUUCUCGUUGGUGUUCUUCCACGCGGUCGUUCAGGAGCGCUGCAAGUUCGGUCCGCUCGGCUGGAACAUAUCGUACGAGUUCAACGAGUCUGACCUCAAGAUUUCGCUGAUGCAGUUGAAGCUGUUCCUACAUCAGAACUCGUACAUUCCGUUCGAAGGGCACAUCUAUCUGACGGGCGAGUGCAACUACGGUGGACGCGUGACGGACGACAAAGAUCGUCGUCUGUUGAUGGCCCUGCUGAAUCGUAUCUACAAUGCGGAUACGAUCGAUCAGGAUGGAUACAGCCUUUCCGAGACCGGCAACUACCGGGUGCCGAUCAAUCCCGUCAAGGAGGUGACCUUGGAGUACCUAUCGACAUUGCCACUAGCAGCCCAUCCGGAGGUGUUCGGUUUACACGAGAAUGCCGACAUUACGAGGAACAUUGAGGAAACCAACUCGCUUCUCGACCGAGUCUUGCGAACCCAAACCCAACUAUCAGCCGGUAAAUCUAGCGGCAGCCGCGAUGAGCAAACUAUCGAUCCAGUGCUGCUGAUUUGUUCAGAAAUAAUGAAGAAACUUCCGGACGCGUUUGACGUGGAAGCAACGGCCGAGAAAUUCCCCAUUCUCUACAUGAACUCGAUGAACACCGUGUUGCGGCAGGAGCUGACCCGCUUCAAUCGGCUUCUGAGCUUCAUCAAAUCGAGCCUGAUCGAUGUUCAGCGUGCAAUCCAGGGACAAAUCAGUAUGAUUCCUGAGUUGGAGCGGGUCUACCGCUCCAUGAGCAUCGGAAGAGUUCCCCAGGCAUGGCUGACGAAGAGUUAUCCUUCGCUGAAGCCCUUGGGUAGCUACAUUAAUAAUUUUGUCCAACGGUUGACGUUUUUCCAACGCUGGAUCGAAGAUGGUGAACCGAAGGUCUACUGGAUGAGCGGAUUCUACUUUACUCAAUCGUUUUUGACUGGCGUCAUGCAGAACCAUUCUCGGAAGAACAAGCUGCGAAUUGAUGAUUUGGUAAUGACAUUUGAGGUAACGAUGUUUGAAUCGGAAGACAAGGUUCAGAAACGGUCGGAAGUCGGUUGCUUCGUAAGGGAUCGCCGGGGUAAAAAUGAGGAUUUCGUCACAUUCGACGGUUUGUACCUGGAAGGCGCCCGGUGGAAUCGAGAGCUGAAUUGCCUGGACGAACCCCUACCGCGAGUGCUGUUCGAUACUUUGCCCAUCGUCUCGAUGACUCCAACGCUGAAGUCACGUAAACCCGUACAGGAGCGCUACCAAUACGAAUGUCCCAUCUACAAGACCAGCGAACGUCGUGGUAUUCUAUCGACCACUGGCCACUCGACGAACUUUGUUAUGUUCCUCGAUUUGGACAGCGAACAUCCGCCGGAGCACUGGACGCUACGAGGAACCGCUUGCCUUUGUCAACUCGAUGAUUAAUUUUCUACAUUUGAAACGGAGUCAUUUACACCCAUAUUUUUGAAACAGUUUGCGAGUGCAUUUUGAUAUCUUACUUACACACAUCUGAACACAAUAUGUCAAAGACUGUAUGCGAUUUUGUACCACACCAGAGAUUUCCUUUUCUAUGCGAGUAAUAGUACAAUACAAAACAAACUCUGUUUCUUCAAACAUUUCAUCACGAGCAACGGUAUCACCAUUCCCCUGCUAGCCCCAACCAUGUGUGGAACAUGUCUGUUAUCUUAUCACGA